GAUGCAGAGGCAGUCAGUAGCUGCCACGGCACGGAGCCGCGCGCGCGUGCUCCUCGAGCGGCUCGCUCUCGAAAUCAUGUCGUAAACUAGUGAAAACAUGACAGAAAAGUAUCAGAUAUCUUCGAGGGGUUGACACCUAUUGCUUCUAGAGAUUGUAUACUGCGUAACCUCGUGCUCGUGUCUCGAAUUCGUCGGGAAGUAACGUUGAAAAUAAUUUCGAAAAACUUUUACGUUUUUUUCUUUUCCUUUACGUUUCGGUUUUCCUUUUCACGGUGAAAGAUUUUCGAAUGGAUCGAGCAAUCGUUUCGGCUCGGAAUGUACUUCGUGUAUAAAAUGUUUCUAAAAACUGUGGAUAAAGAAAUGUGUGAGAAGAGGAAUCAAACAGGUGGACGAGUAGCCGAGAAAUUUGCAUUUCGUGAUACUUUUGUAUUUUAUCGUGAAAUUUUGUAAAAAAAAAAAAAAAAAGAAAAAGAAAAAGAAACAUAUAACGAUAAGAAUGUUUUUACCCGGGUGAAAAUCAUAAGCAUCGUUUAAAUAUUCAUCUCAUAUCAAUCAUAUUACGGGCAAAAGUGUAAUCGUUCGAUCUACAAAUUUUGCAUAAUGGGGAAGAUAAAAAGGAGAAAAAUUUAGAUUUAAAUUUAACGACGUAGAUAUUUGAGAAAGGAGGGCAUAUUUCGUUGUAAUGAGAAUCGUUUAAACACUAUUCGAGAUAAAAGGCGGGGAGAAAAAAAUAAUUCCCUCGCGAUUACGCUCACCAGAUGAUAUAACGGAGGAAGCACUUUGGAAAAUUGCUUCUGGGGUUCCUGGGCGAUAGAGGUUGACGAGGAAAGACUGGUGAAUAAUAUCACGUUCGUUAAGCGGCAGCUGCUCGGUUUUAUUGUAAUUUACACGGUACUCGUCUCGCACGCGAGAAGAUUAUGGGAGGGAAUCAAUUUCAAAUCGUGGAUUGAUAGACACUUGUGAAUAAAAAACGAUAAAAGAUUGCUUGAAAAUAUUUUUCGUGGUAAAUAUUUUAAAUAAUCUUGAAACGAUAUUGAAAGAGAAUCUCGAAAAAAAAAGUCGAGAAUUGGAAUGACAAUUUUUGAUUCGUAGAUUAAAAGAAUAAUACUGUUCUAAAAAAAAAUGUGAAAAAAAAUUGCGAAUAAUUUUUGAUUCAAGAAACGAGGAAAAUAGAAGAAGAAAAGAUAGAAAUAAUUUUUUAAAAUUCGAAAUGAUCGAAAAUUUUGAGAAAUUCGUUAAUUAAAAAUUUCAUUACGUGAAAAAAUGAUGAUGCGUUGAUAUUUUGUCCAUACCAUUUCCUUUGUAAUUAGUGUUUUCGGGAAGUUCUUUGAAAAAACAAGUGAAAAAAUUGAAACAUCGCGAACAAUGGUUCACGUGUAUCCAUGAAUGAGCAAAUCAACUUAAAAAUUGAUGCAUUCUCGUUAUACAGAAACGAACAGAUGCGCCUCGCGAAACCAGUUAUAUUCCUCAGAAGGCUCUUUUGUAUUCGGUUUGAACACGUUGUAAAUAGUAACUCGAUUCGAAAAUAAUCAGCAAGCUUCUUUGGAAGAAAUACCUCUCUCUUUGGAUAGAUCGAUAUAAUUUUCAAUUUGUAUUUGUUUCUGAAUUAUAUUUUCAUUUGUUUCUGUUGGAUUUAUUUGAUUAUACACAAACAAUUUUUUGAAAUUAUGAAUAAAAGAAUAAUUUAUAAUGUACAUUCUCCUUUAUUAGAAAUUUUUUUUUAAUCAAUUUUAUAUAAAUAAAAAAUUAUGCUCGCUUUUCUUUUUUUUUUAUUUAUUUUAUAUCCAUUGGAAUAAAUAAUUCUACAAUAAUAGUUGUGAAAACUUUCUGUCAAAAAUGUAAAUGUUUUUUUUUUGCAAGAAAAAGUGUGAACAAUGAAAAGAAGAAGUAGAUAAUUGUUCUAAAGUUCUUUGUUUUUAUUCAAACGAGAGAUUGUAGAAUAAUAUAGUUCUAUUCACUAAUUGGAACGAAAAGCACGCUUUUUCCGGACAAACUUUAUUACUCCAAUUAAUCAUUCCAUUUUCAUGCCUUCAUAAUUUCAAAAAUAUUCAGGAGAAUAUUUGUUCAAGAUCACUUAAAAUUAUUUUAUAAAAUAUUUUUACCUCUUGGAAGUUUGAAAUUUGAAAAACGUAAAAUUUAAAAGAUACAAAUUUAAAAAUAAAAAAAACUCGAAGUUUAUUUCUUUUGUAAGAAUUUAAAUGUUUACGAAAUAAACAGUUUCGAAAAGCUGGAAAAUUUUAAAUAAAAAAUUUUUCGAUUUGAAAAUUUAAUUAUCUGUUAUAAAUGAUGAUGCGAAUAUUAUAGACAUUCAAAGAGAGUCACAAAAUUUAAUGAAACAGUGGGUCGAAAAUACUUCACAGCAUACGUUAACAAAUAUCAUCAAUAGCCAUUAACCACACAGCAUAUCAUUUGUACGAAUCGGUUUGAAUGUGAAUCCAUGCGUUAUUAACAACCAUUCGUAAUUUAAUUUCUAAUUAUUUUCACACUCUCCUCCACACGUAAUAUUCCAACAAUAUUCGUUGACACAAAAACGAAUUACAUUCACGAGUGACAAAGCACAUUAAUUUUCAUUAUACGAUAAUUCGAUAAUUAAUUACAAAUAGAAUGUACCGACAAUUCUAGAAAUUUAUUCGAAAAUUUUCAAAAAUUUUAUCACAUAUCUCAUAUAGUACACUUUAUGAAAAUAACGUGAACUAUUUAUUCCUCUGCUUCAUCUAAUUCAUAUCUAAACAUUUCCAAACACACAAUACACACUUCAUUCAAAAUAAUUAUUCUACCUGAAAAAAAAACAUUUACGAAUUAUAUCAUUACGCCAUUUUAAAAUCCAGAGCACCUUCUCAAAAUUCAUCUUUUCAAAUCCUUUCUCAACAAUAUCUCUCUAUUAUUAUUCCAUAUCCAUCGAAUCUUGGAAACAACGAUUUACACGACAAAUCCCUCGCCAAAUCCAUCCCUUCUCAAAAUUCACCUUUCAAACCCUAUUCCCCUUCCCGGCAACCGCAUCGAUUAUUCCACGUCCACUCCGAAUCUCCGAUGGAAUACCGUCCAUGAUAUUCACGAUACUCUCCGCUACACAUCUGACAAAGUGGCCUUCGAGUCGUAAGACACUUCGAGCCAUCGGGGUAUAAACGAUGGGAGCCGAGCUCCUGAGAUAUCGAUCGUCCAACUUCCUCGACGAUCCACCAUCGUUCCCAGGAACAGAACGCCGGUGUUCCACGGUGUUCCAGGGUGAGCGCAACAGGUAAGCGCAAUCUUCUGGGUCACGAGGUUUUCAAAAAUGCGAGGGCCGAGCCCAAAAACGCGAGGAUCGUGAGAAAUACACGCGACACCGGUCGAUUUUGCCCGUUGGAAAGGGUGGAGCAACAGGUAAGCUUUGGUAAUGAAUCACCAGGAGGAGGAGGGGAUCGUCGAUGGGGAUAGAAAAAGAAAGUUGGACGACGACGGGGGUUGUUGAGGGCGAGAUGCGGAAGCGCAAGGCGUGGAAGUUUUUAAUUAGUUCUUGGGUCGUUAUCGAUAUGGGCCGACCCCCAUGAAAAUCGCAAGCAAUUUAAACUUCCGUCGCCACUUGGCCCUGCCAACUUUCGACCAAGAUUAUCCAAUCAAAGAAUCUCGACACUUUUUUUCCCUUCCUAUCUCUUUAUAUAUUUAUACGUGUCGCCUUGCGAAGGGAAAUUAUUCGACUGGAAUUAUAUGUAUGAUAAAAUACAGAGAAUCAAUAUGCUAAAAGAUCGCUAGAAAAUAGUGAAAAUGACGGACGAUUGGGUUUUUGUGUUUAUGUAACAGUUGUAAGAUGUAUUUCCUGUUUUAUUAUAAUAUUUGCGAGAGAGAGAGUAAAUUAACAUUUGAGUCGACAGAUGAGUGAACCUCGGUUGAUUUAUCGCAAUUGUACUCUUCUAAAUGGACAGACAGAUGGACGAUAAUAGAUGAUCGAAACUAAGUGACUUGAAUUACCAUUAAUCAGUCUCUCUAGCACAGAUUCUAUUCGUAAUUGUACGAACAACAUAUUUAGAAUGAGAGUUUCGAAUUUUACGAUACACAAUUUUCUCAUCUUCUGAUAUCUCCAAAAAUUUAUGUAUUUGACUGAACAAAAAAAUAUAUAGAGAAUUGUUAUAUAGAGCUUUGUUAAAGAGGAUUAUUCGUACUUUUCGUAGUAAAAAAAUAAAAAAUCUAUAAAGUAUAUUCCGAAUUUAUGUUUCAUUAUUAUUUUUUCUUCUUUUUUUUUUUUAAUAUUUGUAUUUGUAUUGGAAAAUAAAACACUAUGCAAUGUAAUCGGCUUUCCAAACAUUGCCAACAAUACCGUUUUUCGAACGAUUGAUGAGAAUUCAAAUAGAAGAGAAUGAAUAUUUGCCUAAGAAUAUUUAUGUAUAAAUAAAAAUAUAUGUAGCUUGGAGUUUUGUGUACAAAGCUAUCUAAUAGAAGAAACCAAUAGAAUUUUGACUGAUUUUUUUAUCGAAAUCAACAAGAGACAAUUGUUGAGUAAAAUCGGAAAAAUAAUGCUUGAAGAAAUUUGACUUGGACGAAUCUAAAAAUUCCUGAAAUAAAUAUACUUCAAACUUUUAUAAGGAUGUUUAAGAAGAUCACGAAAUUAAUAUCACAUAAUACUCAGAAAAAGAAAGAGAGAGAGUAAGAAAACCGGAUAAUUAACCGGUUGAAUUCGUAAAUUAAAAAUUUGUUCAACAAAUUUACUCAGCUUUGUACGAAAUGGCCUGAUUAAAUAAAAGAGUUUUAAACAGAUUCGAAUACAUUUAUACAUAAAUGUCAAUAUUGUAGAGAAUUGGAAGGCAGGAAAUUUAGCAAUGGGAAUUGCACACGCGUCAACUGAUGAGAAAUUCAAGCUGCUGAUUUCGCUGAUAAUCGCGAAACUACAAAUAUAUUCAAUCUCUUCGACGAUGAUUUGCAAUCGUGCAACCUUUUAUAUCGCAUAUGAAUGACAAAACAAACUUGACACGAGCGCCUCGUUGACAAAAUCCGUUCACUAAUUUUAAUCAAAAUCCAAUCGCCAAAUGGCUUUCAAUUCAUCUUCACGAAUACGAAUCGUAUUUAUUAUAAACUCAUAUUUAUAAUCAGGAUAAAAGCUUUCCAAACAAUCAUAGAAGCAAUCUACUUUUUCUUUCUCUCUAUUUCUUUCUAUAUAAUAAAAAUGAUCAAUCGGUGAAACUUUAAAUUUGUCGAUAAUCAAAUAACUAAAAAGAAAAAAAACAAAAUAACAAAAUAUUUUCUUUUCAUCGCAACAAUUAAAAAGGAACGAACGAUUACACCAAUCCGAAAUAAAUUCUCGAAUAAAUUCACCCCUUUCCCGAUCCAACAAUUAUCAUCGAACCAACCCUUCGACUCUCCCUUCCAAACAGUGAAACAAAUCGAAACUUUCUUCCUCCCUAAUAACAGACAAGACGAGCACGAUGCGUCACAGGAACGUGAAAAGAAACCAGAUAUCUCAACUGGACGUAGAAUGGCCUACGAGAAUUCACGAGAUUCGGGAUCUCGUUAAGGGGCAGGGCGCGUUAAUGGUGAUCUGAAUUUGAUCAAGCUUAUCGAAACGUGUCGCCGGCUAACCGCGGCCAUUCAACCAUCAUCCCAACCAAUCACAACUAUGAAGUCAUGAAGCUUCUGCUGCUCGUCCUGCUCGGUUGCACGUGCUCGGCUCAUUUCGCCCAGCCAGGCGACGAUUACAGCCUCGAUGAGAUUGAAUGGAACGGUGACGAUUACGAGUUGGUCGAUCACGAAGUGGUCGAAUCUCGAGAACUGACGAAUGAGAUUUUUGAUCGUGGAGGAACGAUCGAGAGUCACGAUGAUCGAGUCCGUGAUACACGAGAGCCCGUGUACCCUUUACUGCGGUUCGAGAACCCGGAAACCCAUCAUCCGAUUCGCCACGGCCGUCGGCAAUUCAGGUCCAUGGAUCUGAACGCGCACCGCGAGCAAAUGUCUUGGCCUGUGAAGAAGGAGGCGGUGGUCGAGGGCGAUCUUGUGCUGGGCGGUUUAAUGAUGGUGCACGAGAGGCAGGACAGGUUGACGUGCGGGCCGGUGAUGCCGCAGGGCGGGGUGCAGGCGUUGGAGGCGAUGCUAUACACGCUGGACAAGCUGAACACCCAGGAUAUCGUGCCGGGUGUGAGAAUCGGCGCUCAUAUUCUCGACGAUUGCGACAACGACAUGUACGGGCUCGAGAUGUCGGUGGAUUUUAUAAAAGGAUCAAUAAGCAAUAUAGACGGUGCCGAGGAUCAUUGCAAUAAAACUGCCGUGCGAAAAGUUAUCAGCGGAGUCGUUGGAGCAGCAAGCUCAGUCACAUCCAUCCAAGUGGCAAACCUUCUUCGACUUUUUCGAAUACCGCAGGUCUCAUUCUUUUCGACCAGUCCAGAACUUUCCAACAAACAACGAUUCGAAUAUUUCACGCGCACUAUACCAAGCGACCAUUAUCAAGUAAAAGCAAUGGUGGAGAUCGUGAUGAAAAUGAAAUGGAGUUACGUGUCUAUCAUAUACGAAGAGAGCAAUUACGGAAUAAAGGCGUUCGAAGAGCUGGAAGAAUUGCUGGGUAAAAGAAACAUAUGCAUAGCUAUCAAGGAAAAAUUGGUGAAGGAUUCUGGCGUCGCGAAAGAUGCGGCUUACGACAAUAUCGUUUUGAAAUUGUUGACCAAACCGAGAGCACGAGGUUGCAUCAUAUUCGGCUCGGAUCAAGAAGUUGCCGGAGUUAUGAGAGCGGUUAAACGUUGCAAUGCGACCGGUGCGUUUUCGUGGAUUGGCAGCGACGGAUGGAGCGCCAGGGGGUUGGUUAGCGAUGGUAACGAGGCGGAAGUGGAGGGUACUCUAUCGGUUCAACCUCAAGCAAAUCCUGUCAAGGGUUUCGAAGAAUAUUUCCUCAAUUUGACGGUCGAGAACAACCGGAGGAAUCCGUGGUUCGUUGAAUUCUGGGAACAUCACUUUCAGUGUAGAUACCCGAACGCGUCCAUAACUCCGUACAACAAAAAUUACACGAAAUUCUGCACUACGGAAAAGCGUUUGACGAAACAGAACACAGCGUUCGAGAAUCAACUCCAAUUCGUGUCCGACGCGGUGAUGGCAUUCGCCUAUGCAUUUCGAGAUAUGCACAAAGAGCUCUGCGAUGGGAAACCUGGACUGUGCGACGCGAUGAAACCUACUAAGGGUACCGAACUUUUGAAAUAUCUUCGGAAAGUGGAUUUUGAAGGUCUGAGCGGCGACAAAUUCAAAUUCGACAAGAACGGUGACGGGCCGGCCCGAUACAACAUCAUACACUUCAAACAAAUCGAGCCGGGCAAAUACGAGUGGGUCCGGGUUGGCAAAUAUCUCUCGGGUGAAUUACGGUUGAAUAUGUCUGCAAUCCAAUUUAAACUUGGACAUCCCGAGCCACCCGAAAGCGUGUGCUCCCCGCCCUGCGAGGUCGGCCAAGCAAAGAAAUACGUGGCGGGCGAGCAAUGCUGCUGGCAUUGCUUCAAUUGCACUCAAUACCAGAUACGAGAUCACAAGGACGUGACCCAAUGUAUUUCUUGUCGUCAAGGUACGGUGCCGGACGAAACGCACUCCGCUUGCCGUGAUAUCCCCGAGGAAUUCCUGCGGCCAGAAAGCGGAUGGGCAAUAGGGGCAAUGUCUUUCUCCGCUACAGGGAUUCUGAUAACUCUGUUCGUCUGUGGGGUGUUUCUGAAGCACAACGACACACCGGUGGUGCGUGCAUCUGGCCGUGAACUGUCCUACGUUCUUCUCUCCGGGAUUCUGCUCUGUUACCUCGUUACCUUCGCCCUUGUUCUCAGACCGACGGACAUCGUUUGCGGUAUUCAAAGAUUCGCCGCCGGUUUCUGUUUCACCGUCGUCUACGCAGCCCUUUUAACAAAGACAAAUCGAAUAUCGAGGAUCUUCAACGCGAGCAAACACAGCGCGAAGAGGCCAUCCUUCAUAUCUCCGCGAUCGCAGCUGAUCAUAUGUUCCGGUUUGGUGUUCGUGCAAAUUCUGGUCAACGGAGUUUGGAUGAUAAUCGAUCCAGCCAAGGCGAUGCAUCAUUAUCCGACCAGGGAGGACAAUUUGCUCGUUUGCAACAGUUACAUAGACGCCAGUUACAUGAUCGCUUUCGCUUAUCCCAUCAUGUUGAUCGUCGUUUGCACCGUGUACGCCGUUCUCACAAGAAAGAUCCCGGAAGCUUUCAACGAGAGCAAACACAUCGGUUUCACGAUGUACACCACGUGCGUGAUAUGGCUGGCUUUUGUGCCCCUGUACUUCGGCACUGGAAACAACGUUGCAUUGAGAAUCACCUCGAUGUCAGUUACUAUAAGUCUAUCCGCGUCCGUAACUAUAGCCUGUCUGUUCAGCCCGAAGUUAUACAUCAUUUUAAUACGGCCAGAAAGAAACGUGCGUCAAAGCAUGAUGCCAACUAGAUAUAGCACCACGAAAAGUUCAGCAGUCACGGCUACUAAUGCUUCUAGCAUGAUAGCACCGGUUGCACUGACUGCGGCUACGUGUGAUCAGAAUAAGGCUGUUAAAAAACACAUCACCACUACCAUUGAUUGCUCCACUCAAAGCGAAUACUACGAGCUAGAGGUAAAAGAUCAGAAAAAUGGCAAACCACCCUCGGUCGUUUCUCGAUCGACCCAAACCUCUGCCAACAACGACAAAGACACUAACGCUGUGGUAACGCAGAGCAAAGAGACGAAGGAUAAUAUCACGACAACGAAGCAAUUGAACAAUAAAGCGAGAAUAGGAAACGGACCUAUAAAUCAGAGUGAUGUUCCAUUAUAGCAGCAAACUUCCAUAGAAUCGGCCAUUUUGCCCGCGACUUUGAAACCAAUUUCGAAAAAUCCGGUGAUAGUUUGAAAGGACGCAAAAAAAAAAAAAAAAAAAAACAAAGAGAGAGAACUGAAACGAUAUUUUAUAAAUACGACUGAAUUAAGUUCGAGAUAUUAAAAAUUAAUAUUAAUUCUCUUUAAAGCUUUGGACGAUGUUUAGACUGAAUGAAGAUGAAAUAUGUUGUUAAAUGAAUUACAAACGAUAAUUGAAAUAUAUAUAUAUAUAUAUAAAAUAAAAUAAAAUUGAUUUUUGGAGAAUGUGAAUGAAGAUAGAUGAUUAAGAGAGAUUUAAAAAAAUAUGUAAAAAUUUGAAAGAAUUGAUUUUGUCGGUUAGCAUAAAUAUACGAGAUUAUAAGGACGCUAGGUACACGAAAUUGCAUCAUAAAAGACGAAUAAUCGAUCUUAAUUAACUAUUAAGUGGCGUUUUAAAUACUGCUCUGGUUUCUUCUGUGAUCAUAGCGUAAUGCACGUAAUAAUCACGUGAGAUUGCAUAAACCUAUUUUGUAUAUACACUAUCAUUUCAUAACGUUUGCACAUUAAUCAUAAUUCACCGACUAAUAGAAUUAAUUGAAAUAUUGUAAAUAUUUAGUCGAAUUCAUUAUGUAAAAAAAAAAAAAAAAAUGGGAAUUAUUAUCCAAAAUCGUUGCCAAAUACGAAAAUAGGAUUACGUCUAUACGAUGAGAUCUUCUAUUAAUAAUUUUUGUAACAAAAAAUAAAAAAUGAAAGAAGAAAAAAAGGAAACAACGGUUGUUCGAUACAUCGAGAAAAUCACAUUUGUCGAUUUUUCUGUAUAUAAAUUUCUCCCUGUAAAUAUCAUAAACGAAAUAACAGACGAACGAGUGAAUAAGUUCAAAACAUAAAACAAAUUUCCAAAUAUACGAACUUAAUAGACUUUUAGAUAAUCUUUUCUCCUUCUUUUCGAUAUCUCCUCUGCAGACUAUAGGAAUUGCUACACGUAGAUUUAAAAAAGAUUAAAAAAGAAAAACGCAACAAUCGCGUUUCGAUCGAAAAUACGAAACGUUUUCACGAUCUAGUCGCUCUAAUUUUAAUAAUCGUUAACGUUAACCGCGCUUGAUCUUUGUAUGGCGAUUAAAAAAUGAAAAUAAGAAGCGACGAAUAACAUUCCUUUUUCGUAGAUGUAAAUACGCGAUGUUGAAGAAAAAUUGUAAAUUCAUUUUCGUAGAAUCGCAAUCGUGCGAUAAACAUAUCCGAUCUAACCAGUAGUUGUUUUUUCUAUAGCGAUAUAGUUGCGCAAGAAUGAGAAUAAAAUUGUCGAUCGCUUGAAAAAGAAAAAAAAAACAAUUCGUUCCGAAUGAUUUUAUAUAAGUGAAUUUGUUCGUGCGUAAAUGUAUAAAAGAAUUCUAAAAAAAGUUUUGAAUUUUUAUAGAACCGAAAGGAACAUCCACUGUCAAACCUUGGAUGCAAAUGAGCCCAGUAUCCAUUGUUUGGCACGAUUCUAUUUUCCUUUAAAACAUGAACAACGAUACAUUGUUACAUUGAAACUUGUGAAUUCGAUUACAAUUAAAAUUUUCAUUCGUGAAAUUCAAAUAUUCAACAUGAUUAAACAUAUAUGAAAUACGAGAAUUGUGAGAAUGUAAAUAUAUAUUUGACUAUAUUUUACCAACGAUCAUCAUUUCAUUCGAGAGUAUGUAAAUAUAUAAUUGUACAUACAAUAGCCGAUACUGUACAUUAAAUAUUAAGGCAUGAAACGAAAAAUAUUAGUUCAUACGGAACCAAUUUAGCCAUAAUUAAAUUCUAUAAGAGUUUAAGAGACUACGAGAUUAAAAAUAACAAGAUGAUAAUUCCGUAACGCGAUGAUUGAUCAUUGUCGUGAGAAAGAGAGAAAACAUUAAGUUAGUUCGCGCGAACUGUUACGAUCUAAGGAUAUUUUAAAUACGUACGAACACUGCAGUAGAAAGACACAAAUUUACAUGAUGUUACACUGGAUGUAUUCGUUGGAACGAUCGAAAAAUAUCGAAAAAGAAAAAUUAUCGAAAUAAAAUGAAUCGUGAAAAAUUA